AUGAGUGAUCGAGACGAUGAACCAGCACAAGGUUCAAGAGAAGAUUCGAGAUUCACCGCCGAAAUAUAUUUAUACUUGUUGCAAGAGUUGGGAAAAAGAGGAUUCGUAAAAAUGGCGGAUUUGAGAAAGAUUUAUGCAACUGAAAAAUCAAAGGAUGGUUCAUUAUAUUUUCGUCCAUUGAAAGAAAUUAUCAAGGAUGUUGAAGUUCGAUUCUGGUAUUUUUUGAAAUGGAAACUUUCGGUCAAUGAAGAUAAAAUCUGUUUUGUAAACAUGUUGAAACCGCCUCCAAAUGAACAAAAAAUAUCAAAUGAGGUAUUUAUUAUAAGAAUUAUUUGAAUAGACUUAAUAUUGUUCAUUUUAGAAUCAUCGUUUGAACGGAAUUCUCAAAGCUGCAUUGAUGUAUCUUUUUGUUGCUAAAACUCCAAAUGCAAAAGAUCCUGAUGUUUUAGCCGAUGAUUUGAUGCAAUUUUUGGUUUGUAUCUCACGUUUCAUUUUCAGAAUCCGAGAAUUUUUUUUCAGGAAAUUGUAUGUUCGUCAGGUGACAAAAUUACCGAAGUUGAAUCGGGAUAUUUGAAAAAAUUGAUUGCACCAAACAACAAAGCUCAUUUUGUCAAAAAUGGUAUUUUAUUGAAUUCCCAAAAUAAUAUUGAUUCUUAAUAUUUUCCAGGAUGGAUAUCAUUCUCUAAAUCGAGAAAUGAAAACGACGAAGAAAUUUUCAGAUAUGAUUGGGGUCCGAAUGCCAAGCAAAAUGUUGAUCCUAUGGUGAAUAAAGUCGUUGGAAUAAACAUAUAGCAAUUAUUUCAGAAACUUGUCGAAUUGUUCCAAGCUACAACAAACUCAUCAACAAGCUGUUUGACUGAACAAGUAAAGCGCGCAAUGGAUAUGAAAGAACAUCAAAUUAAAAUGGCCAAAACGGGUUUGGCUCCAUUCAUCAAAAAAUGA